AUGGGUUUUCGUCAACCUUUGUUAGCCGUAUCAUUAACUACGAUUAUUCUUACAUUUGGCGCCUCGCUCGUUUUCAUUGGAAACAUCCUCGUCGAAGUGAAUGAGUUCAAGGAAAAUGCGUAUUUGGAUCUUGAGCAAUUUCACAAUCAUUACGACGAGGCGUUGGCAACAAUGAGACCAAAGAGAGAAACUUAUGAACAGACAUAUGAAAACACUCCCUCAAUUGCCAUUGAGGCAUUCGAACCACCAAGUUGCCCUGUGGGUCCACCUGGUCCUCCCGGCUUGCCUGGUCAUGAUGGUCCGGAAGGCCCUUCAGGUCCUCAUGGCCAUGAUGGAGUUAGCCAAUAUCUUCAAUCAAAUCAAGACAAGAAAACUUGUACCAAAUGUGAAGCCGGCCCUCCUGGACCACCAGGAAAUCCCGGACAGCAAGGAGUGCAAGGGCCAAAGGGAAUCGAUGGAGUACCAGGAAGUAUUGGUGCUUUCGGACAGCCAGGCUCUCGAGGACCAAUUGGUGAUGAGGGAUUGAGAGGAGAAAAUGGAGAAGAUGGAAAGGAUGGUUUGCCAGGAACGAAUGCAGAAAAAGUCGUCAAUAUAAAAGGAGCAAAAGGACCUCCAGGUCCACCCGGAUCUAUUGGAUUUCCUGGACAAAGGGGGAUCACUCUUGGACCAGGAAAACCAGGUCAUAUUGGAGCUCGUGGAAAUGCGGGUCGAGAUGGCCGAAUGGGUGCUGAAGGAAAACGAGGAAAAAAGGGGAUCAACGGAGCUCCAGGGAUUGAUGCUGCUUACUGUGCUUGUCCACCAAGAACUGUUGCAGCGGCUGUUGAAGAGAUCCCAAUUGAGUCACAGAGCUACAAUCGAAUGAGGAGAUUC